AUAUUGAUUUAUCUUGUGACGUCAUAACAAAGACAAAAUACUGGGAGCAGUAAGUGAAAAGACGUCCACUUGAUUGUAGCUCGUGUCCCUGAUUAACCUGAUUCAAACGGUUAAAAGCGGUGAUAAUGUAUCUUCGCGUGACUCUUAAUACUGUGCUGGUUUUGUACUUGAUGAAAGAUCAUUCCAUAACUGCUACAAGUUGUCCAAACGAUGUUGCUGUAAAUGUAACGGCUACUCUCAAACCUGGCUGGAAGUACGAGAUCCAAAGCCCUGGUUUUCCAAGCAAUUACCAACCUAACCAAACUUGUACUUGGAAAGUAUUUUUUCCCGACUCCAUGGGGAGCCUGCACAGAAGUUACAAGAUGAUGUUGGUGUUCGACGUCUUGGAAAUAGAGCCUUGUACGAGCUGUGUUUGUGAUUGGCUGAUCUAUUCUGACAGGGAAAGUAAUUUACGAUUCAGUACAAGAUCAUGCGCACUGUACUCCAAAAAUGCUAUUGCCACUCUAAAGGAAACUGACUUAAGCAGAAUCGUCAUGCAGUCAGGUUCAAAUGACAAGGAAUUUUGGCUGCAAUUUCGUUCAGAUCCAUUUUCCGAAUUCAAAGGCUUCAAAGGAAAAAUAACGGUAGUAAAUAAUUUGGGAUCUAGUUCUUGUUUGCGUUCCAACAACAUCAUCAACGAAACAAGCGGAAGUAUUUCCAGCCCCAAGUACCCAAUGGUGUACAUGCCAAGCCAGUUUAUGACCUGGUGCCUCGUUGUUCCCAAAGGAUAUCGAGUCAAACUCACCUUUAAGGCUUUUGAGCUGGAGAAUACUCGUACCAGUGAUAACGACUGCAGCAAUGAUUACGUGGAAAUAAGAGAUGGGAAGCUCGGGCGGGCCGGUGAGUUGCUUGGUCGGUUCUGUGGUAGUAACAUUCCAGGCGAGAUCUUCUCCUUAUCCAAUCAGAUGUAUGUAUUGUUCGUGAGUGACAGCAAUACAACCACUGUCUACAAGGGCUUCAAUGCACAUUUUGUGAAUGGUAAUAUUCAAGUCAAGCCUUCCUUCACAUAUUCUGUUUUGGUGAUGGUGGUUGUGACCGUGAAGAAAGUCCUUCUUUAUUUGGAACGAAUCAAAGGAAAACCCGCGUUUGCGUAUGGAAUAAAGUCGUUGAUUUUGUUCCAAAGUGUUGAACUUUCUCUUCAAGAUUGUAACACACCUCUCGUUCUACCUGGUAAUGCAACCCUAACGUCCACUACAGCUAGAAAUCCCAAUGCAAAAUUUGGACCUCAACAAGCCUUACUCCAUAAUACGCAUGCCUGGUGUGCUGCUUUAUCUAACGCUGACCAGUACCUUGCAGUAGACCUAGGGCUCGUUAAAAUGAUUAAGUCAAUGGCAAUUCAAGGGAAUCCAAACAAUGACGAGUUUCUCAUGACGUUUAGUAUAUCGUAUGCAGUUCUUGAUGGUCAGUGGUUGACGUACACAGAGAUGGGUGCUAAACGUAUGCAUUUCCAAAUUAUUUUAUAUCUAAUUCAGUUCGAAGGAAACUCAAAUGGAGGAGAAAUAACUGAGCAAGUUUUCAAGAACAUCUUCCCUGCUCGUUAUAUGCGUAUCAUCCCAGAAACUUGGCAUAAUCACGUGUGUGUAAGAGUUCAGUUAUUUGGAUGUGACGCAGCUCCUUUUCGUGCUCUCGGGAUGACAAGUAGUGCAAUACCAAAUAGUGCCGUUACAUCUUCCUCUUCUCACAGUAGCAGCUAUCGGCCUUACAAAGCUCGCAUGUUAUGGACUUUGUAUAGAAGCUACCAGUCUUGGUGCUCCCUUUACAGCAAUGUCAACCAAUGGCUACAGAUUGACUUAGGUAGCUUUGAAUUCGUAACAGCUAUUGCUACACAAGGACGCUUUAUACUAAAUCAAUGGGUGAAAAGUUAUUGGAUUUCGUACGCUAACGAUGCGACGAGUUUCAAUGAGUACAAAUACAACCAAUCGAGAAAGAAUUUCAUUGGUAAUUCAGAUCGUGAUACUGUUGUCCGUCAUAUCCUGUCACCAGUGAUCUACGCUCGCUUCGUAAGAUUCAAUCCUUUGUCGUGGUAUUACCAUAUCAGCAUGAGAGUUGAGGUAUAUUCCUAUGGCAGGGCUUCUCCUGCCGACCUUGGAAUAGCAUUUGGAAAUACAAUAGAUGUACCGGACGGACAAAUCGAAGCUUCUUCAAUUUUUAGAAGCAGCAGCAGCAGCAGUUACGCCCCAUAUAAGGCAAGACUUAAUAACCCUGUAAAUGCAUAUGGUUGGUGCGCAGAAAACAUUGAUUCCUUACAGUGGCUUCAGUUUGAUUUGGGUCACACAAUGCUCGUGACAGGCAUUGUCACACAAGCCAAAGGAUAUGAAACUAUUAAAUGGGUGACUUCUUAUAAGGUAUCAUUCAGUCCUGAUAGCAAGAAAUGGGAGUUCUACAAGGAAAAUCCGCAUGACUCUCAAGUUAAGGUACUCAAGGGUAACGUCGAUAAAACCGAUCGAUUUGCUACAAAUUUUUUUAAUCGAGAUAUUGAAACUAAAAUCAUCAGGAUUCACGUUGUUACAUGGUAUCAACAUAUUUGCAUGAGAGCAUCAGUCAUUGGUCGACGUAAAGGAUCACUUGGUGUCCCUGUGUUCACCAACCAAAAUGUCGCCCGUUCAUAUAUCACAGUCUAUAAGAACCAAGAUGUUACGUUACAGUGUACAGCAGUUGGUGACCAACCUAUCACGAUCACAUGGACGCAUAAAGGUCAAAUCCUUCAGAGCAAAACGAGUGAUACACAUCUCACACUAACUAAUGUUAAUACGGCUCAUGAAGGCUUCUACGUCUGUAACGCUACCAAUGUACUUGGAACAAACACCAAAAACAUCUACCUUCAUGUCAAGGAAUCAUUUGAUGUAUGCAGCAAAUACCGCACCCUUCUUGGCAAUUCACGUUUGGUUACCAGUUUAGCAUCAUACAUUGAUGAUGACAGUAAUCUGAACGAGACCGAGUGGUAUGUCUUUAUGAACACGAAAGGGAUUUCACGUAUUCCAUUAACCUGCGUUGCUCAGGGCCACUGUGGAGCUUCAGCCCCAGGAUACAUGCAAGGAGCUUUACCUGCGAUCAAUGAAGGCAUUGUGAAGAGAAAGGUCUGCUUCCAUAGUAACGCAGACUGUUGUCACUACAGUGUGAACAUCUAUGUGCGAAACUGCUACUUGUUCUAUGUCUACAACUUGAAGAAGUUGGAUUCCUCUUGGAUGGGAAGAUACUGUAACGAAGACUAUAUCAGUGAAAUUCCAACCAGAGCAUUUCAAUCUCACAAUGGUCCAUCUCUUGCUAUUCCAAAUCAGUUCAUCACUCAUCGACAUCAUGACGUUGACAGUAGUUUAACUUGCAUGCGAUAUUGUUUCCUUGGAAAUAAUUGUAAAUCAUUCACUUAUAAUCUGAAGGUAAACGUAUGCGAGUUGAACAAUGUCACCAUAAGUGACCUGGGUACAAGCUAUCAGCUUAAUUUCAGACCUGAAUAUCACUACUAUGAAGCACAGGUUUUGCUGUAAUUUACACUCACCAGCAUAAAAUAGAAAGAUGCAGCCGAGAAACAUUGAACCUCCUCCGCUACCUUUCAUUUCUUAUCAUCCACUUUUGCCUCACAUAUACUUAAUACUAAUUUGAU